UCAAAUGGGAAGAAGUCAAAUUCUUGGGGUUGGGAUCUGAACCAUUCUUUGUGCGGAUCAGGCCGGUGUCCGGUGGGCAUCGCUCAAAAGGAUUCCAGACACAGCUCUGCCGCAGUACCCGGGCGAAAUAUUCAGGAUUGCAAUCCAUGGACUCUGGUCGAUUCCUCGGCGAGGCUUUACCGCAGAACAAAGUCUAUGGACCGAAGGCCUUAGGCAAGAUCAUGCUGCGCAUAUCCGACAGUUCUGGCUCCCAUUCCUUCGCGUCCGUGAAUGCUCAGAAUAGCAGGACACUCGAAAGCGACCCGACGAUCCAAAUAUCCUCUUCGUCGGAGCGUUAAACGCCCUCCUGACAUUACAACUGUCCGCUCCACUCGCAUCGCAGCAUCAUGGAUCCACCAGCCUAUGAGGAGAUCGCACGCAGCAGCGACAAAGCGGAGUUUUCCAGAUGGGACACGAAAGCUGCAACGCAUUUGAGCAUCCGAGAAGAAGUAGGAGCAUCAAGGUCCCAGCACG